UAUAAUAUUACUAUUUCUUCAAAUUUCUUUUGCAGUAAGCCAAGAUGUCCGUGUCACCAGACCUUGUGUGGGGAAUCAUCAGGAACAACUCCGCCUUUAUCCUGAAGGGCAACAGACAGACCUACAGCAGGGAGCCCAACAACCUGAGGUCCCGUAACUCUUUCCGCUACAACGGAUUCAUCAACAAGAGGACAGUCGGUGUUCAGCCAACCAAGGACAACAAGGGCGUCGUCCUGGUUACCAAGAAACCAACAGUCCGUGGACGUCCAAAUGUGACAUACAACCGUGUGGAGCUAAAGAAAGGUGGACGCAAAACCCUAGAGACGAUCCGUAACACGAUCCGCAAGGGCAGCUACAGGAAGGACUUGAAAAUGGCGGCUGUCCGUCGUGCCAGCGCCAUCCUGAAGAGCCAGAAGCCUGUGGCCAUCAGAAAGAACGUCCGCAGGAAGAAGGAAUAACUUCUAUGUACAUACACAGCAAAUAAAUUAAGAAAAAAUG